AUGUCGAUGGCAAGAAAGAGAGUCAUGGAAGAAAGAAAAGCAUGGAGAAAGGACCAUCCAUACGGAUUCUGGGCCAGACCAGCACAAAACGAGGAUGGUACAACAAAUAUAAUGCUGUGGAAUUGUGGAAUUCCUGGAAAGCCAGGUACAAUUUGGGAAGGAGGCGAAUACAGACUCGAUAUUGAAUUUUCAGAAGAAUAUCCUGAUAAGCCACCAAAAUGUAGAUUUGUUCCUCCGCUUUUCCAUCCAAACGUAUUCCCAAGUGGAACGGUAUGCUUGAGCAUUUUGAACGAAGAAAAGGAUUGGAAGCCAUCUCUGACCAUCAAACAAUUACUUAUUGGUAUUCAAGAAUUACUCGAUAACCCAAAUGAAAAAGAUCCAGCUCAAGCAGAACCAUUCCAACUCUAUGUGUCAAAUCGUGAAGAAUAUAAUAGAAGAGUCCGACAAUAUGCGGCUAGAUGCAAACCAACCAAUAAUUAG